GGGUGGCGGCGGCGGCGAAGCGAGUGGGGUGGGUGGAGACUCCGCUCCGGGUGCCGAAGGAUGCGAAGGGGACUCCAGCCGUACGCCCUGGCCGCCGCGCAGCCGGCCUCGCCUUCCAUGGAGCCGGCGGGGAGCCCCGCCGCCGUCGCAGUCAGCCUGGCCGCCGGCGCUUUCAUCCAGAUCCACACCGGUUCCGGGGCAUCUGUGCUGGGGCCGCCGCCGUGGCUCCGCUCCUGCUUCCCCUGUGGCGUAGCCGAGGGCGCCCGGCCGGCUCUCGUGGGCAGAGGAGGCCCGGCCUUGAGCUACACCCCCCACGGCCCCGACGGAGGGAGCGCGCUGCUGCAGCCCGACCGGGACACUGGAGGCCGACCCUCGGCGAAACGAAGACUGGAACUAGGAGAAAGUGGCCAGCAGUUUCUAGCUGAAGGGUUAAGAACGCCAAAGGGGAAAGGGAGAGCUGCAACUAGAAGCCCAGACAGUCCAAGAACUCCAAAAUCUCCUUCAGAAAAGACACGGUAUGAUACCUCCCUUGGUCUUCUCACAAAGAAGUUUAUUCAACUACUUAGCCAAUCUGCAGAUGGUGUUGUAGACCUGAACAAAGCAGCAGAGGUCCUCAAGGUACAGAAAAGGAGGAUCUAUGAUAUCACCAAUGUUCUGGAGGGUAUCCACCUCAUUAAGAAAAAAUCCAAAAACAACAUUCAGUGGAUGGGCUGCAGUCUUUCUGACGAUGGGAGCAUGUUGGCACAUUGUCAAGGCUUGUCUGAAGAGGUAACAGAACUCAACCAAGAAGAGAAGAAAUUGGAUGAGUUAAUACAAAGCUGUGCCCUUGACCUCAAGCUGCUAAGAGAAGAUUCUGAGAAUCGAAGAUUAGCUUACAUUAGAUAUGAAGAUAUUCGAGAAAUUAGUAGCCUUAAAGACCAAACUGUCAUACUUGUCAAAGCGCCUCCAGAAACAAAACUUGAAGUGCCUAAUCCAAUAGAGAAUAAACGGAUACACUUAGCUAGUACACAAGGACCUAUCGAUGUUUAUCUUUGUCCGGAAGAAACAAACUCUCCUAGUCCAGUGAAAAGACACAAUCAGGACCACAAUGGAAAUACCUCAAGAAACAUUUCCAAAGAAGUAACUUCUGAUAAUCCAGGAAGCAUCAACUGUUCAAUUUCUGCAACAGCCAUCUCCCCAUUAACCUCUCCAACUAAUUUUCUGCAGCAGACGGAGGACCAAAUUCCUUCAAACUUUGAAGGGCCUUUUGUUAGCUUGCUGCCUCCCUUACUUCAUGAUGACUAUUUGCUAAGUCUUGGUGAAGAGGAGGGCAUCUGUGACCUCUUUGAUGCCUACGAUUUGGAAAAAUUCCCUGCACUGGUAGAUGAAUUUUUGUACAGCUGAUUAUUCCUUGUUCCCCAUGAAAUUUUUUAA